AUGAAACCAGAAAACCUGAUUCUUUCCACAUUAAUAUCGGGUCCAGAAUCUCCAUCGAAUAAUAUUGAUGUGUAUAUGCAGCCUUUGGUUGCUGAGCUGAAAGAAUUAUGGGAUUCUGGUAUUGAAACUUUUGAUGCCUUGACUAAUAAGAAUUUCAAUUUACGUGCAAUGGUGUUGUGGACCAUUAGUGAUUUUUCGGGUUAUUCCAUGUUGUCAGGGUGGAGCACGAAGGGGUACUUAGCGUGUCCAGUAUGCCAUUACGAGACUUCUUCUGAAUAUUUAAAACAUAGCAGAAAAAUAUGUUAUAUGAACCAUAGGAAGUUUCUUGAUCCUACACACAAGUGGAGGUUUGAUAAGAAAAGAUUUAAUGGCCAAAUUGAAACUGGACAGCCUCUUUCAAUUUUAUCCGGGUUGGAUAUUUUAGCGGUGUUGAAGGAUUAUGAAAAUAAAUUUGGGGAGGCUGAGAAAAAGGGUAAAAAAAGUGACUGCCCUUUUAAUAAGAAAUCAAUAUUUUUUGAUUUGCCAUAUUGGCGUUAUAAUCCCCUUCGACAUAACCUUGAUGCAAUGCAUAUCGAAAAAAACCUUUGCGACAAUAUAUUAGGCACAUUGCUUAAUAUUAGUGGCAAAUCAAAGGAUCAUAUAAAUGCCCGUUUAGAUUUACAGGAAUUAGGUAUAAGAAAGGACUUGCAUCCUGUUGAAUCUAGUGACGGGAAGCAUCUUGAAAUUAAGGCAGCAAUAUUUGAUAUGACUAACAAGGAGAAAGAAAUUUUCUGCUCAGUAUUAAAGAAUGCCAAACUACCUUAUGGUUCUGCUUCUAAUAUUAGCCGAUAUGUAUACACAAAUUUAAGAAAGAUAUCAGGGUAUAAAAGCCAUGAUGCACAUUUUAUACUUCAUUAUCUCAUACAAUUUGCUGUGAAAAAAUCGCUAAGAGCCGAAGUUGCCUUGCCAUUGAUUAGACUGAGUGCAUUUCUUAGGGGAUUAUGGAACAAGGUUAUUGACUUGGAUGAACUUCCGAGGUUGGAAAAAGAAAUUGUGGAGAUACUAUGUCAAUUUGAGAUGAUUUUUCCACAUUCUUUUUUUGAUGUAAUGGUACACUUGCCUAUCCAUUUAUCCAGAGAAGUCAGAUUAGGUGGACCACUACCCGAUCGCAACAUGUUUCCAAUUGAGCGUUAUCUCGGUAAGUUGAAAAAAUAUGUUCGCAAUAGAAGUAGACCGGAAGGUUCAAUUGCAGAGGGUUAUCUAGCAGAAGAGUGUCUGACUUUUUGUUCGAGAUUUUUGGGUGGAGGAAUGGAAAACAGCAUGUAUUCAUCUUGUCCAGCAGCUGUUGAGUAUCACAUUGGCACCAAAAAAAACAAAGAUGGAAAAUUUUUUAAAUUAGGAGAAAGCGAUUGGAAGGCAUGCCAUCGCUAUGUUUUGUUUAAUUCUGGUAAUGAGGAAGUAGAGAAUCUAAUCAUGGAGCAUCGAGCUUUACUAGACAGUUGUGGCACUUCAAAAAAAUUUAAAAGGGAACGAGCACACACUGAAGAAUUCUGGAAAUGGUUAACCGAACAGAUUGUAACAAAAGAUCUGAUUUCAACAGAUUUGGAGGUGUUUUCAUCAGGUCCUAACAGAAGAGCUAGGAAAUUCAGUGGCUACGUUAUAAAUAGAUAUAGAUUUCAUACGAAAUCUAGGGAUUCCCAAUGUGUCACACAAAACAGCGGUGUUUUUUUAACAGCUGAAACAACUAGUUUUGAAAGUUCGCGAGAUGAAAACCCCAUAGUUGGCAAUGUCAACUAUUUUGGUUCAAUUGAAGAAAUAUUUGAACUAGAUUAUUGGGGGGCUUUUACCGUGGUACUUUUUAAAUGUAGUUGGUAUCAAGAAGGCAAAGACUUUUAUGGCCUUACUCAAGUAAACUUCAGCAGGUUGUGCCAUAAGGCCGACCCUUAUGUCAUGGCUUCACAAGUUAGACAAGUGUUUUAUGUCGAGGAUCCGAUUGAAAAGAAUGUUCACUAUGUCAUUAAAAAAUUACCGAGAGAUUGGUGUGAUGCUGAUAACCAAAAUGCAGUUGAAGAUUACAAAAAUGCAACUUUUGAUGAUAUUGACUACAAUUGCAGAAUACAAAGUGAAGUUGGUCAUGAGAGCUGCUUUAGAGAUGACAUCCCGACAACUCAUAUUCCUUUUCCAUCUUAG